UUUUCCACCAGAAUGUGAAUGCUCCUGAUGGGUCCCCGGGAUGAUGCUACUACACAUACUGCCGCAGUAUUGUCACCGUAGCGCUACUUUCGGUGACACCGGAACACCAAAGACGGGACACGGAAAACAUCGGAGGUGGUCCGCCGGAGAGAAUACCAUAAGACUGAUCAUCGACGAUGUGGCGGAAAGGUCACUCCCAGGCAGCAAGAGACAACAGCACCAAAUAAUCAACAUCAACAGCAACAACCUAAAAUGAAAGAAAAUUUUCCCAUUCAAAAGUUUCUGUUCAUUUCCGGAAGAAAUGUGAAUGCGCCUGAAGUUAUACCCAUGAAUUUGUUCCGACGCAAAGUUGUAAAAAUUGAAAAGCAUGUGAAAGUCUUGUGUGUUACCUCUGCUAAAGUUUGAGAAAUGUGUUUUAUGUUUGUAGCAUUAUCGGAAAGUUCUCACCGCAGUUUAUUUAGUCAGUUCGUUAUGUUCAAGCAUUCUUUCGAUAAGAGCCAUUUCGCGAAAAGGGGUGAACCAUCCCUAAAUUGAUAGCUCAGUGUUCGUGUGGUUCCGAGUUUUUUUUGUGUUCCCACCCUCAUCGAGUGACUGCCAGCGUGUGUUCCUGACCCUGUUUUACGAUAAACGACCGAAAGCAUCAAUUUCCGGUAGCUGUUUCGUACCUCCCGGGGUACCAUUUUGUUAUCCAAAGGAUGGUCGAAAAUUUGUGCAAGUGUGCUCGUAAAAAAUCCCUAAUUCAAUCUCAUAUAUAAAAGGGAAGCAGCAAAUAGCAUCUAUAAAGGUGAUAAAAGCUCUUAGGGAGAGAAAAAUUCAAACAAAGUGGUGUGUUUUUUUAAGUAUCGCGAAUUUGCUUGGAGGAUGGCGUGUGGUUAAUCCAAAGGCAGAUAAAGCAAGUUUCAAUCAUGAUUUGAUUCCUUCGAUAAAAAAAAAAGUUGAGUGCAUCUUCCUUCGAGGGGUGGAUUUGAAAGCGAUGAUCAGCGAGUGCUUGUGAUAUUGAAAUUCUAAAGUUUUUCCUUCUUCUUCUGAUAAUAACCAGCAGCAGUGUGGGUGGUUGGGUUUAAAAUUGAAUGUUUGGAUAAGAGCCGCAGCAUCAGUCAAAAUGUACGUCGAAUACGGAGAUAGAAAGAACAACGAACGUGAUACAAUGAUGGCAACCAAUAGAUUUACGGUUUCGCAGGUGCAGCGUCCUGCUCAGCAUCCGCUUGAGCCUGUGGAUCGACAUCCAUAUCCGGUGGUGACGCAACGAAAUCCUCUCUCCAGCAGCAGCAGCAGCAGCAAACAGCACGUAAAACUAAAACCUGCAGAUCUCGGCAAUAGUUCAAGUAGCCAUUACAGCAACUACUACCCGAGCCAUCAUAAUCCUGCUCCUGUUCCAGCUCCUAGAACGGCUGCCAAGAGUCUCGAUUACCAGAAGCAGCUGCUGAACAACCUCCAACAUUCGACCACAGCCAGCAGCGGCAAUCCAGUUGGCAUUCUGAAAAAUAACACCAAGCGACGUCCACUGAUUUACGAGCUGAAACAGUAUGAGUAUUUCAACAACGACGCCUAUCCCAGAGCGCAACCUCCUUCCUCGCAGCAUCCGCAGCAGCAACAUUUGCCUAUAGCUAAGAACACCAACAGUGUGCUCCAGCAGCACUACGCUGGCCAUAACUACAAUAUCAAUUAUAAUCUAAAUUUUACGAAAAAUCAAUACAACAUUCUGAUAUCGCCACCAACGACGGCGUCCGGAGCCUCCAGGGGCACAGGAGCAGCGCCACCAUACGACGAGAACAAUCAUUACGAAAGCCAUUAUCAGUAUCAGCAGCAUCAGAACAACGUUAGGAACAACUAUAAGAAUAGCAACGCCACCAAUCAUCAUCUGUACAGCAACAACAACUACAAUCAAUACUUUGCCAACAACCAUCAUCAGAAUCAGCAACAGCAGCAUCAGCAUCAGCACCAAAGGCAACAUCAAGGCAAGUCCUCCUCGGCCGGGACCGGGGUCUAUCUGGACGAGAAGCCACCGCUGCUGCUAGUUGGGGACGACCCGUUUGCAGCGGAUUCGGGCAACCACAUUGGCAAGAUGCAACGCGAGGAGAUAAUCAUCGAACACAGUCAGCUGGUUGGAGACGGAAGUGGACCAGGCGCUGUCAUACUGCCCGCAUGCGGUGGCCAGUCGGCGGCCAGGGCGGGCCCAGGUGGACAGCAGCCACUACUGAAUGGGGGAGGCGGAGGCACCGGCAAGGGUGGCAAGCUAAGUGUCAUCAACCGGUCGCACCAUUUUACGCAGAUAAUUGCAGCUCUAGCCGUAUCAAUCGGACCGCUGGCAGCGGGUCUUGGUAAGGGUUACUCGAGCCCGGCCAUUGCCAGCUUGCAGGAGCUGCAGAUUCGCCAGCGGGGUAACUAUACCGCUUUUUCGGUCAACGAUCAACAGGCAAGCUGGAUCGCCAGUCUAUCACUUUUGGGUGCCCUGUUCGGGGGAAUGUUCGGCGGCGUGGCCAUGCAGUACGGCCGGAAACGAGUGCUGGCACUGAUGUCGUUGCCAUUUUCGCUCUCCUGGAUUCUGACCGUGUUCGCCAAAUCGGUCGAAACGAUGUUCUUCACCGCUUUCGUCGGCGGCUUCUGCUGUGCCAUCGUGUCAACCGUGACCCAGGUCUACAUCAGCGAAAUUUCCUCCCCGGACAUCCGGGGCUUCCUGAGUGCGAUCCAGAAAAUUGCCGGCCACAUGGGGAUGCUCAUCUCCUACCUGCUGGGAGCGUACCUGGACUGGCGGCAGCUGGCGAUGCUCGUCUCGGUGGCGCCCAUUAUGCUCUUCAUAUCUGUGAUCUAUAUACCGGAAACGCCGAGCUUCUUAGUGCUUAGGGGUUGCGACGAUGAAGCCCAUCGUUCCCUCCAAUGGCUUCGGGGUCCACACAAAAACGUAGAGAUAGAACUCGACACAAUCCGAUCGAACGUACGUACAUCGAGAAUCAACCUGCUGAAUCGAAUGACAUCCCGGGGCAGCAACGGGGCCAGCAACGGUGCCAAUCAACAGCAACUGCCGACGCAUUGCCAGCAUCCGACCGGCAGCACCCAGAGUCGACUUGGAACGGUGAGCCGGCUGCCGGAAAUCGUCCGCAACUGGCAGCUACCGCGGGUCUCCUUCGACGCCAUCGCCGGUAACGUGAAGGCCGUCAUGCGAAAUGCCCGACUCGUCAAGCCCGUAUCGAUCACCUGUGGCCUUAUGAUCUUCCAACGAUUCACCGGUGCCAACUCGUUCAACUUCUACGCGGUGACCAUCUUCAGCAAAACGUUUGCCGGAAUGAAUCCCCAUGGUGCAGCCAUUGCCGUCGGGUUUGUGCAGCUGCUAGCAUCCAUGUUGUCCGGAUUGCUGAUCGAUACGGUUGGUCGAAUACCUUUGCUGAUUGUGAGUUCGGUGUUUAUGUCACUCGCGUUGGCUAGCUUUGGAUCGUUCGUGUACUACGGACAGACUAAUAAGAUGCUGGCAAAUAUUGAACCGGAUGUUCCGGCUGGAAGUAACGACUGGAUUCCGCUGUUGUGUGUGCUGGUGUUUACUGUUGCCUUUUCGUUGGGCAUUUCACCCAUUUCGUGGCUUCUGGUGGGCGAACUGUUCCCGCUUGAGUAUCGAGGCAUCGGAAGUUCGAUUGCUACCAGCUUCAGCUACUUCUGUGCUUUCCUCGGCGUUAAAACCUUUAUGGACUUUCAGGCAAUGUUUGGCCUACACGGGACAUUUUGGCUGUACGCAUGUAUAUCCUGCGUUGGGCUAUUCUUCGUCAUCAUGGUCGUUCCGGAGACUAAGGGCCGGGACCUGGAGGAGAUGGAUCCGAAGUAUGUGCGCACCCUGACGAUCAAUCGAUGAGACAUGGGAACGCACGUAGAAUAUCUAGUAUAGUAUUUACUGGGCCCUCGCGCUUUCACCUUCGAUGCGAUAGCGUUCACUAGGACUAAUACUGAGACUACGUGCAUAAGCAGCUGCCCCGAUAGUACGGAAAAGCUUCUAGGAGAAACUCCAGGUGGCUGCAACAUCCGGGAUGGCUCAACUCGCAUUAGAUUACUAUUUUUAAAGUGGUGCUUAGUGCUGAAUGUUACUUUUUUAAUCCAAGAGUGAGACCAACGACGAGCGACGAAUAAGUAUGUUGUGAAUACCAAUAUGUCAAAUGUUCCUAACCUAGGCAAGAUGAUAUGGAUGUUUGAGGGACAGUGAGUGUGAAAGGAUGUCAAAGAAUCGUCAUUUAUCUGCCGCCGCGAUUAUAACACAAUGUUGCUUAUGAUUUACCAGUUUCAAUUCAACCUUUGCUCUGUAAAUAGGCAGAUAGGCCAUUAACAAACAAACCCUGACCGUACUUAGCUUAUAGCUGUAAGACUCUCGUUUACUUAACACAACUAACAAAACAAAAUAGUUCUAGAGCCACACUUAAUAUUCUGCUUAGCCUCUGCCAAAUAAAAAACACAAUGAUAGCGCAGCUUAAAUGACUUAAUACCGGAAAAAAACUAAAACUAAUUUCCUCUUGUUUGUUCAUAAUUUUUCAUUGAAAUUCGGCACAGACUUGCGCUAAUACACACACAAAAAACACACACCAACUGCAUACUGUAAAUACGGAACCGUUAAACGCACAAAGGAGUAUUGAUACUACAUUAGGGAAAAAAUGAAAUCCGCUGUUUGCUGGCACCCUUCGGACAAACAUGAUUCAGAAGUAAGAAAAAAACGAUGUUAAUUGAAGAUGAUGCUUAGAGAACGACGCAAGGUGAAAGUGAUUCUGUACGGUGGUAGAUGGAAACAUCUUGAGCGGUAUGAAUAUUCAUUUGAAAUACACUUCAGCCGAUUUGCUUUCAAGUUUUUUUUUUCACAAAAUAGUCAUACGGCCUUGAGAAGGCUGCAGACAAAUUUUGUAGUCUAAAGGGCAUUCAACUAUACCUCUUUUGGAAACUUUUAAGCGGUUGUGGAUUUAUUUUUCAUCAAAGUUUUGGUAAAUUUUUGUAAUUUAUCUUUGUAUAACUUGAGAUAACCAGAAUCAUCAUAAUUUCUUUUAUGUGUUCUAUAUAUUUUUAGUAAUGUAGAUAAUGCAAGACGAGGGAGUUUCUAAUGCUUACAUAAAACUGAAUCUAUCACGCCUUGAAAGAUUUCAGUGUCAUUUCGCAGGCCAAACGGCAUUCUUAUUAAAUCAUAUUUUGCUUGUUACUCUUCGAAAGAAUUUAGCCCUUUAAACUGUUUUAUAUGAGAAUAGCAGCUAUUGAUUCAGUGAAAUAAUAUCAUUUUAAUUCGAAUAAGUCAACUGAACUGGAUAGAAGCCGUUAUUUUAAGUAUUAUAAAAGUAAUGGUUCUUCAAAGUUGAAAAAUAUUUUUUGAAAUUUUUUAUUCAUUUCAAUACGAUAAUGCAAAUUUCUUCCAAACCUUAUUAAUUGGGUGCAGGAAGGUGUUUGUGAUUAAUUGAGAUUAAAAAAAUUGUUAGAAUUUGAAAAUUUGAAGAAAUAACAGCGAUUUAAAACAAACUACUUUAAAAAAAAAAGAUUUUUGCUAUUUUUCCGCAUACUUUGUAAGUAAUAUCACAAAUACAUUGAAAUACCGUCAAAAACAUACCAUGAGCUAACUUUUUUUAAUUCCUAAAAUAUUUUUUGUGAAAACAUUAUUCAAAAAUAUCCACGCGUUUCCAAGAUAUUUGGAUUUUGAUUAGUGUUGUUAAACGUGGCUUUAAACGUCUCAGAACGUAACUCGAAUUGUCAAAUCCUAUUUAAUUUAUGAUUAUAGAAGGUUUAAAAAUUUAUCACCCUUUUCCUUGAGACAAGUAAGUAUAAUCUGAAGUAGUAAUAUUAUGUAUAUAUGUUGGUUAUCCACCGUUGGUUCACGGAUUCACCACAGUUUCUGCCUAAGGCUGAUGUCAUGCUGAAGCAACUAGCAACGCGAUCUACAACGCAACGUUCACACGACUAACCAGCUCUCAUUUGAUCUCCAUGGAAAUCGCGCAGACCUGUCAUACUGGUUGCUUUGAGUAGCGCGACCAAUCUGAUGCCAAUGUGUUUAGUAGCGCGACUAGUAGGAAAUCCAAUAGGAACAUUGUUUUUUCUCGAUUUGAAGCAGUGAUUCCGGGUUUUAAGCACAAAAGUACGAAGAUCUGUCCGAACUUGUGAUAAUAAACUAAAAACUAUCUUAAUCGGCGAGAAAAUUUUCAUGAAUUCUUAGUUCCGGCUAAAAAACAAGGAAUUUUGUCGGUUCAAAUUUCGGCAUUCUUGCAAUCCGGGUCGUGAUUUGAUGAGUUUUUGAUGGCUCCGAAAAGAAAGGAGACGAUUCAAAGCAUUAUCAGAUGUAGAGAAGUGAUGAUUUGUAGGGAAUUUCAAAGUGACAGGUCGCGCCAGCAUGACAUACCAAUGCAAUGCAACGCAAUCUUAUUGGAACGUUGCGUUGCGUUGCGUUGCUAGUUGUUUCAGCAUGACAUCAGCGUAAGUAUGAGUAGCAUUUUUUUAGAUUAUUUAGUUUGACAAAUUUCCAAUGCAGCGCGUACAUCAUUCCCCGACCCCAUGGCUUCGUACGAACUGUUAGGGAGUGAAUGUAUUGCGUGUUGAAGAUGCAAGACAAAGCUGUUGCUAAUCCUUCCUCUGAACUGUAUUCAUUAGCCUUUGGAAGAUAUCGGGGGUAUACUUCAAGCCAAAUGACAUUCGAAUCAGUUCCAUAUUCUCUGGUUGUGCUUUAAACGACUUAGAAUCUUUCUCACAUCGAUAAAUCAAAUGCCAGAUCACAGAAAAUUUUGAAAUUAAUCCCUCUGCCUCUUGAGAGGAGCAACUCGGAGAGUCUGUACAUAGUCUGAAGAAUGACAUUAAACAUCCAAAACCAUGAUAUCCCAAGCAAUCAAAAGUCACAUAUUCAUUUAAAUAAAGGCUUUGAAAGUAACAUUAUGGCAGACAGAGAGGAACAACAGCCCAAUUCCCAGCAAUUAUAAAAUAACAUUAGAAAUGAUAGCUCAAACCUUUAAUAAUGUUAAUGCGAAUUGCAAUUCCUACCAAAUAAUUGAUCGUAAAAAUGGUUACUUAAAGUCGGUAUAAAUCGAAUAUGAUAAGGAUUAAUAUUAUGUAUGUAUGCUGGUUAUUCACAAUGGGUGCACGGAUUCACCGCAGUUUCUGCGUAUGAGCUCACAUGCAUUUUUCAGAUAAAUUAGUUCGACAAUUUUCCAAUGCAUUGCGUACAUCAUACCCAGACCCCAUGGCUUCGUACGAACUGUUAGGGAGUGAAUGUAUUGCGUGUUGAAGAUUGCAAAAGUCCUCCAUGUUUGCCAAUUUGUUCUCCCGCGCGAGACUCAAGUGAGAAAACAACCUUUUUGUUCUCUCUGCGAUAUGCAUUGCAACCAGAUUGCUAUGAAUCAGAUGGAUCAUUUGGAAAAAUUGUCGAAUGAAGGAAGUAGCAAAUAUUUUCGCUGGCAACGAUUUGCACGCAUUGAGAGCAAAACGUGUGCACUCUUACAUACUUUCAAUAUGUACGAAUAAGGUGUUGAAUAUCAUCCAAUUUGGAUAAUUCUUAUCGCUUAAAACAGAAGUUUAAAAUAUGUAUGCCCUACAAAAAUUGUUACUGGGUAGUAAGCUUUUACGUUCCUGUUUUAUGGGACUUUUGGUUGCUUGGGGUAUCAGUGAUGUUGAAAAUUUUGAACGAAGUACGUUAUGCGUUAACGUUUUUCCUCCUAAAUGUUUUCCUCCUAAUUCGGUUCAAGUUUACCAAAAGGAAGAGAAACACAUUCAAACACCAUUUGGCCUGAACCAUGUUACCGCAAUAUUUCCAAGGCUUAUGAAAUAUUGCAGUAGCGCUGUUCAGGCCAAAUGGUGUUCGAAUGAGUUUCUCUUCCUUUUGGUAAACUUGAACCGAAUUAGGAUCUACCGUGAGUCAGAUUUCGAAAAAAAAUUACAAUGUUAGUGACUUCAGAUAAUCUACUUGAGACGUCUGAAGGACCAUAGUGAACAUCUUGGACCGAUGUUCAGAGACGCUCAAAAACAUGCAGUUUAUUUGUUUCCUCAGAACUGAAUCUGACAACCUUUGGAAAUUCGUUAGGGCAUUCGUAUAUCUUCCUGUUCCUGUUCUUGUUUAAACAAUGUGUACGAGUUGGAACCAAUAAUCUUGCAUUUGAAAUUCACUAGCCGAGUUUCAAGAAUUUAUUUGAUUAAUCACUCCUCAACCUUGAAGUCAACUUCAAAUAAAGCUAUUUUACCAAACUCUCCUGUAAGUCUGUAAAAAAUACUAUAAAAUGCCUUUAGCAGCAGCAGUUGGAAGGUUGUAGGGAAGUUUAUGAGGCCAAUCGGCUUUCGUAGUAGUUUUAAACUGUUGUAGGGCUUAUUGAGCAAUUCAGACCUCACUUUGCAUCGAGGAAAUCGCUUCCCAGGUUUCAUUUUUUUAUUGCAGGAAAUCACUCAACAAUUUGAGGUAAACUACUCAAUCAGUAUGUGUUAUCAAUGUUUUAUCCUCGAUAUAUCUUCCAGAGAAGUUGAAGAUAUAGUAAGAAACAUAUUAUUUUCUAAUGCUUUCUCGGCAUUAAAUCUUCCAGACUUUGGAAAGUUGCUGGCACAUUUUUAAGGCCAAAUGGCAUUUUUUCAAAAUGGCAAUUUUAUUUGAUAUGAGUCCAUCACUUAUUAAGGAAACUGCUUGCCAGACAUUGAUUUUUUCGAAGCUGCUUAGAAAUGCCGUAGACUCGUAUAUCUUGUAUGAUCCCUUCAGACAAUUUAAAAAAAUGUACACACGCACAUUUUUUGCUGAUGCUUCCUCGGGAUUGAAUCCAUCUUCUUCUGAAAGGUGUCAGGGUCGUUGCUUAGGCCAAAAGAUCUUCAUUAUUUUUUUUAGAUUCAAAUACCCCAAAAGUGAUAAUCAGUUGUGUAAAUUUUUUUUAAACAACGCUUUCCUGACGAUUUACCUUUUUUUUUUUUGAAAAAAUAUCAAAAAUUUGAAUUUAAAAACAAUUUUAAACAAAUGGUGUUCCCGCUUAAAGAUAUUCAAUCUCAGUUGACACUUCUUAAACCAUUUGUAUUUUUUAUUUUUUUUUUUUGAUGAAUUUAAAGAGUUUCAUCGAGUUACUUUUCUCUAGUUUUCAUUCUUUAUAGAAGUUUUUAAAAAAUCAAAAAAAUAUUAGGAGAAAAAAGAAUUAACUACCUACUUUUAAACAGAAAUGACUACAUCAAGAAAAGCAAUAUGAUUUAUUGCUUUUCAACGCCUAGCGAAUGCUACCAACGACUACCGUCAACAGAACCUCUUUCCCUUCCUUUAGGCUUCCCGAGUAAGAGAGCUAGAUCGUAAAUGUCCUUUAAAAAAUCAAAAGAAAAAAAACGAACCAGUAAAGACCAGUCAUGUUUAGCAAGUAUAGCGAGAUGGAUGUAAAACACAGUUGUAAUAGAAAACUUAAUAAUCGAAUCAAAAUGGGUCCUUUGUAAAAAUCAAAACUGGUGACAAUAAUGGGGUUGCCCUAGCAACCAGCAACUGACCUAUGACUAGCAAAACGAUAGUUUUUUAAACAAACAACAAGUGAUCAAAUCAAAAGGUUACAGCGCGCAGUGUACAGAGAGUAAAACUAGGAAAGAUUCUAAGUGAAAAAUCGUUUAAUAAAUGUUGAGCAAAGAGGACUAGAUUUUUACACAGCUAUCGUUCAUAUAUAUUGAGAAAAGGAGAACAUUAAUACUGUUAGCUACCUUACAUUAACGAUUUGGGCUAACGUUAGACGAACCAGCGCUUAUGUACAGUUCAAUUAUUUAUUUUUGAAAACAAAAUAUAAAUAAAGGCCACAAUCGAGCGGAUAGCGCUUCAUCUUCUAGGGAAAGCUUAUAAUAUUGAACUAACAAAAAUGAAAAUAAGAAGGAGAAGCAAGUUCUAGUGUCAACUCUUUUACAUGCCCAUAUUAUGAUAAGGAGCUAGCAACGUCUUUAAGAUAAUAAACAAAAAAAAACUACUAAUUCAAUUUUAGCGUUACUAGAAAGAGCAUUUUUACUUACAACUUCAUGCAAAUAAUAUAGCGAAGCAAAAAUCUGCGAAAAAAUUUUUAAUUUAUUUCUAAAUCUUCAAGUCCCUUUUUAUUGAAACCAAAAUCAUUAAAAAAUCUCGACAUAUCGUAAAAAUAAACAACUCUUUGAGUACAAAAUUAAACCCGAUCAUUUAAACUGUCUUCUGAAGAAGAAAAACCUUACCAUAUCCCGUUUUAUCAAUAAAAAAAAAUCUUUUGAAAAAAAUUAUUUAAAUUUAUCAAAAAUGAAGAAAACAACCAGAUUACAGUGCUUUUAGGAUGGUAGAUACUGAAAACCUUGAUACCACACUUGAAAAACAAAAAACAACAGAAAUCGACAAUAAUAGGUGUAUAAACAAAAAAUAAACUAGCGAUGAUAUUAUAAUAAGGAUAAAACAAACAAAACACUGUCAUAUCAUGACAAUAAGUAGCGAUUAAUUAAUUUGUAAUUUAAAAAAGAAACUUAACCGAUAACCGUUAAUUUCGGUGAGUAGAGACUGUACAGUAAAGUAAACGUUACUGAAAAAGAAAACCAAUUUGGUAGACACUACAAAACGCAUAUGUACUUUGAAGAAAAAACCAACAUAUAAAUAAAACAGAACAUAAAAACCCAUCAAAAGCUGAUGGUAGGGAUUUUUUUACAAUCCUUCGGAAAAAAAUAAAGAAUCAGAAUCAGAGAUAUCGAAAAAAAAAAACAAAUCAUUUGAACGCUUUACGAUUGCUACUAGGUUAGACAUAUUCGCGAACUAGGUAUUAUUAACUGAUCUUGAUAAGCUUUGUCUAACUCGAAGCUAAAUAAUCUCACUUAUCAGGAGAGCUACAAAACUAAUCCUAGAGUUAAAAAAAAAUCUAUCCGAAAAAAACGGGAAAAACUAUGAAAACAUAUUUUAACUAUCAGUUGAACAGAUUUAUCGAAAGAAAGAAAAAAAAAAAUCGAGACUUAAAACUGUUAUUGUUGAUCUUUUAAAAUUUUAUUCUUCUCCCAGCAUUGAACCAUUACAAAACCCCUACUAACUACUCGGAAGAGAGAGAAAGAGAAAAAAAAAUCCACAAACGCACUCACAUACAGUUUUUAAUACCCCUAUCUUUAGAAGUUACUCAGUAUUUUGCUCACACUCUAAGCGAAAAUUGGCCGAAGAUAUCAAGGAUGACGACAAUAAAUAGGAAAUUUUCACCACAAAGGGAAACAACAAAUACAAAAAAAAAACAAUAUAAUCAAAACUCUUUCAAUCGUACUUAAAAUUUUAAUCGAAAUUUUUAGUUUGUUUCUGUAGAUUUGGUUUUCGAAAGGUGUAAAAUCGAAAAACAGAAAUACAAAAAAAACCUACUUAUGAAAACCGUGUACAAGUUCAUGUGCAAAGUUGUUGGUUAGCAGUUUUCCUUUGAUGCUUUUUAUUUUUAGCGAUAAACAACAGUGUAAUACA